AGAAUAUGAAACAGGUGUCAAAAUGACAUCCAGAUUUGGGAAAACAUACAGUAGGAAAGGAGGAAAUGGCAGUUCAAAAUUUGAUGAAGUAUUUUCCAACAAACGGACCACCCUUAGUACAAAAUGGGGAGAGACCACGUUUAUGGCGAAAUUAGGGCAGAAGAGGCCCAAUUUCAAACCUGACAUCCAGGAAAUCCCGAAAAAACCCAAGGUGGAAGAAGAGAAUACUGGAGAUCCUUUUGGAUUUGAUAGUGAUGAUGAAUCUCUCCCAGUUUCUUCAAAGAAUUUAGCCCAGGGUAAGGGUUCCUCCUAUUCAGAAUCUAAUGAAGCUGCUCAGCUGGAAGAUGUCACUUCUGUACUUGAAACUAAUAGCAAAAUUAGUCAUGUGGGUGAAGACCUCAUAGUUGAUAAAUGCAUAAUUGUGGAUGAUACUUUGCUUCGGAAAGAAAAGAGCACAAACCUUAUCUUAGAAGAUGAUGCAAGCAAAGAUAGCUGUGCUAAUUUGGUGAUUUUUGAUAAAGUGGAGAGUUUUAGUGAAGAACCUGAAAAGAAUAGUCACCAUAUUUAUAAAAAUGCUGAAGAUAGUACUAAGAAAUCCAGUGUGGCAAGUACAGUGGUUUCUGGGUACAAAGCUGAUGAAAUCAAGGAAACAAAUGAUACUUGGAAUUCCCAACUUGGAAAAAGGUCAGAUUCUCCAUCAGAAACAUCUUCGGUUAAGGAAUCUAUAAAAACUGGUUUGUAUGAAUGGGAGAAUGAUUUUGAAGAUGUAAGAUCAGAAGAUUUUAUUUUAAGAUUGGAUAGUGAUCCUCUUUUGGAGAUGAAAGAGGAGGAUUUAAAAAAUCGGUUGGAAGCCAUCGAGGAAGACCUUGUGCAAAGUGUUCUUAGGCCAAGCAACUGUAGGACGUAUUGUAGGGCCAAUAAAGCAAAACCCUCACAAGGAGCAUCAAAUUUUGAUAAGCUAAUGGAUGGCACCAGUCAGGCCUUAGCCAAAACAAACAUUGAAUCAAGUAAAGAUGGCCUGAAUCAGGCAAAAAAAGGCAGUGCAAGUUGUGGGACCAGUUUUAGAGGGACGGUUGGACGGACUAGAGAUUACACUGUUUUACAUCCAUCUUGCUUGUCAGUUUGCAAUGUUACCAUCCAGGAUACUAUGGAACGCAGCAUGGAUGAGUUUACUGCAUCAACUCCUGCAGAUUUGGGAGAAGCUGGCCGUCUACGAAAGAAGGCAGAUAUUGCAACUUCAAAGACCACUACUAGAUUUCGACCCAGUAAUACUAAGUCCAAAAAGGAUGUUAAACUUGAAUUUUUUGGUUUUGAAGAUCAUGAUGAAACAGGAGGUGAUGAAGGAGGCUCUGGGAGUUCUAAUUAUAAAAUUAAGUAUUUUGGCUUUGAUGAUCUCAGUGAAAGUGAAGAUGAAGAUGAAGAUGAUUGUCAAGUAGAAAGAAAGUCAAGCAAAAAAAGAACUAAAACGACUCCAUCACCCUCCUUGCAGCCGCCUCCAGAAAGCAACGAUAAUUCCCAGGAUAGUCAAUCUAGUGCUAAUAAUGCAGAAAACUUGGAUUUUACAGAGGACUUGCCUGGUGUGCCUGAAAGUGUGAAGAAGCCCACAAAUAAACAAGGAGAUAAAUUGAAGGAAAAUACCAGAAAAAUUUUUAGUGGCCCCAAACGGUCUCCCACAAAAGCUGUAUAUAACGCCAGACAUUGGAAUCAUCCUGACUCAGAAGAACUACCUGCACCAACAAUAGUCAAACCUCAGAGUGUCACAGUGAAACUAUCUUCAAAGGAACCAAAUCAAAAAGAUGAUGGAGUUUUCAAGGCUCCUGCACCACCACCCAAAGUGAUAAAAACUGUGACAAUACCUACCCAACCCUAUCAAGAUAUAGUCACUGCACUGAAAUGCAGAAGAGAAGACAAAGAACUAUAUACUGUUGUUCAGCAUGUGAAGCACUUCAAUGACGUGGUGGAAUUUGGUGAAAAUCAAGAGUUCACUGAUGACAUUGAGUACUUGUUAAGUGGCUUAAAGAGCACUCAGCCUCUAAACACACGUUGCCUUAGUGUUAUUAGCUUGGCUACUAAAUGUGCCAUGCCCAGUUUUCGGAUGCACCUGAGAGCACAUGGAAUGGUAGCAAUGGUCUUUAAAACCCUCGAUGAUUCCCAGCAUCAUCAGAACUUAUCCCUUUGUACAGCUGCCCUUAUGUACAUACUAAGUAGAGAUCGUUUGAACAUGGAUCUUGAUAGAGCUAGCCUAGAUCUCAUGAUUCGACUUCUAGAACUGGAACAAGAUGCUUCUUCAGCCAAGCUACUGAAUGAAAAAGACAUGAAUAAAAUAAAGGAAAAAAUUAGAAGACUCUGUGAAACAGUGCACAACAAACAUCUUGAUCUAGAAAAUAUAACGACUGGGCAUUUAGCUAUGGAGACACUGCUGUCCCUGACUUCUAAACGAGCAGGAGACUGGUUUAAAGAAGAACUACGGCUUUUAGGUGGUCUGGAUCAUAUUGUUGAUAAAGUGAAAGAAUGUGUGGAUCAUUUAAGUAGAGAUGAAGAUGAAGAGAAAUUAGUAGCUUCAUUGUGGGGAGCAGAAAGAUGUUUACGAGUUUUAGAAAGUGUAACAGUGCAUAAUCCAGAAAACCAGAGCUACUUGAUAGCAUAUAAAGAUUCACAACUCAUUGUCUCAUCAGCUAAAGCAUUACAACAUUGUGAAGAAUUGAUUCAGCAAUAUAACCGUGCUGAGAAUAGUAUAUGUGUACUUGAUAGUAAGUCUCUGCCUCACCAGAAUGUAACUAACCAUGUGGGCAAGGCAGUGGAAGACUGCAUGAGAGCCAUUAUUGGGGUGUUGCUCAAUUUAACCAAUGAUAAUGAAUGGGGCAGCACCAAGACAGGAGAACAGGAUGGCUUGAUUGGCACAGCAAUGAACUGUGUGCUUCAGGUUCCCAAGUACCUACCUCAGGAGCAGAGAUUUGAUAUUCGAGUGCUGGGCUUAGGUCUACUGAUAAAUCUUGUGGAGUAUAGUGCUCGUAAUAGACACUGUCUUGUCAACAUGGAAACAUCGUGUUCUUUUGAUUCUUCCAUAUGUAGUGAAGAAGGAGAUGACAGUUUAAGGAUAGUUGGACAAGUUCAUGCUGUUCAGGCUUUAGUUCAGCUAUUCCUUGAGCGAGAACGAGCAGCCCAGUUGGCAGAGAGUAAAACAGAUGAGUUAAUUAAAGAUGCACCCACCACUCAGCAUGAUAAGAGUGGUGAGUGGCAAGAAACAAGUGGAGAAAUACAGUGGGUGUCAACGGAGAAGACUGAUGGUUCAGAGGAGAAACCGAAGAAGGAGGAGGAGGAUGAAGAACUUGACCUCAAUAAAGCCCUUCAGCAUGCUGGCAAACACAUGGAGGACUGUAUUGUGGCCUCAUACACCGCGCUACUUCUUGGGUGCCUUUGCCAGGAAAGUCCAAUCAAUGUGACCACUGUACGGGAAUAUCUGCCGGAAGGGGACUUUUCAAUAAUGACAGAGAUGCUCAAAAAGUUCUUGAGCUUUAUGAAUCUUACUUGUGCUGUUGGAACCACGGGCCAGAAAUCUAUUUCUAGAGUGAUUGAAUACUUGGAACAUUGCUAGCUGCUUUACCUUUGCUUCAGGUGCUCAGUAUUGCUGGAGCUCUUUUUAAACACAGAAAAGUCAUGAAAGAAGUCCUUGAAGAUAUACCAAGACGUUCAUCAGUAUCAUACAUGUUUGGAUUUUUAAGGCCACCUGAUUUCUUCAUAUGCAUUCUGCAUUUGCUAAUGACAGUUACUACAUCAAUCUGCAACUAUCAAAAAUGAGGGAAAAGGUUCAGGCUGUUAACAAUUCCAUGCAGUAUUUAAGUACACUUAACUUUGGCAGAAUUUAUACUCUCCCCUUGUUUUCUUGCUGUAUUCUGGGCAAGUUAAAAGGGGAAAUUUGUGCUGCUGUUAGUGCAACUGCUGUGUAUGUUGAGCCACUGUUGUCAUGCCAGCCAGGUGCAAAGGCAGCUUAGCUACUGAGGUAUCGGAUGUUCUGAGGACAUUCUAGACAACAGCUUAGUUCCUUUUUCAGGCUCAUUUGCUUUUGCUUUUUUUGUUGAAUGAUUCCAAUCGUAAAUAAAGCUUUUAAUAAUUUUGUGAAAUUUUUUUUGUUGUUGUUCCCUGAACUACUACUGUCUAUUUAAAAUUAGAUGGAAUCCAAAGACACAAGGGAUUAAUAGUUAUAUUUUUCUAUUCUUGAUUUGGUUUGGGUUGUCAAAAUAUUUCCACUGUUAAGAUCAUGACCAUCUUCAUUAUACCAUGAGUCAUAGCUAGAGACACAAAACAAGUAACAGUUGGAGGGGAUAUUCUGUAUAAGAUGUGCCCUGUUAAAGCAUAAAGCGCAAAAUAGAGAAACCCAGGGUAGUUUACACUUGAUGCUAGGGGAAGAAGCUCUUCAAGUACUAAGUUUUGUGGGAUGACUCUAUAUAUUUUCUGACGUUCAGUACAAUAAAUGUAAGGAAGCUAAAACACCAAUGUGGAAUUUAUGUUUCCAGAUAAAAACGUGUAUAUUCUUCUAUAGAGUGACAGGAUCAAAUGCAUAAGCGCAAAGCCUUAAAUUGCUGGUUUAGAGAAGAUCCUUUUUUAAUUCAGAUUCUUAGUUUGUAAAACAGUGUUGUUUGGAAAACAGUUGUGGAACACAUACAUUUUAUAUGUUUCAAAGCAUUGAAAUUUUUUGUUGUGUUGUUUUAGGCCAUUGGUUAUACAUUAAAAACAUUUUUUUUAUUGACCCGGCCUCCAUAUAGGCUUUUCAGAGACCUAUUACAUUAAUAUUUUUAAUUACCUUCGAGGUAAUCUUACCUAAUGUUUCUUCAUUGGAUUUGUAAAACUUGAAGCCAUAAAAAUAUGAGUUUGGUGUGUAUUGGGAAAAUAGCUAUAAGUCUAAUUUUUAUUCACUUAGACUUUAUUUCCUUGUAUAAAGUGACAAAUCGGGGCUCUUGUUUAGUGCCAGCUGUAAUGUUUUUAAUGCAGUGGCUGCCUUCUAUUGUCUUCCUAUUUUUGAUAAUGCAGAUUGUUGGGAAUUCUAUAAGGAAGUAACUGAUUCCAGGCAAAUUGUUAAUUCCUCGUUACCUUUCUCCCAUCACCUUUUAAGAGCAUAGUAUUCCGAUGUAACUUGGGAAAAAAAUGGAGAUUGUUUGCCCUGAGUAUAAAAACUAGCUUAGCAAGCUUUUAAGAUCAUAUCAGUAAAUAAUAUCCAUAAAAUCGAAUUAGUUAGCUAUAUUGUGUUUUUAAAUACUUUGAUAUUUAUUAAUAAUCAUUGGAUUUAGGAAAUGGAACCGAUUCUUCAUAAAACUGACUUGUGGCAGAUGGUAAGAAACACAAGGAUUUGGAUGAGAGCAAUCAGGGCGAGCUACAUUUUUCUGUUACACUGGUAAUCAUCUGAGAAUUGAUUUACCUCGGUGUUUAACAGUUUUUGUUUUGUUUUGUUCUUAAAUAAUAACUACUUGUCAAGCACUGAUAAGAGAUGCAGCUUAUGGUGGGGGUGGGGAGAAUCACCUCACCAACUGCAGUACAUUUGUGUGUUUUUACCCUCAGAGAACUCUGCGUUUUAGGGUACUUGAGGCUGACUUGCAAAAUUAACUAAAGUUUUAAAGUAAUCUUUUUUUCAUUGUAAAUAAUUAUGUAUAUACUACCAAUUGGAAAUUAGAACCGUAGAGUACUUUUCUGAAUCCAAUCCUAUUUUUAUUUUAUACAGUAUUUCUCAGCUGUGAUCUUUGGAGCAAAAGCCAACGGCAGGAAAAAAAUAGUUUGUACCAGUUUCAUGAAGUAUGUCUUUGGGUUUUUGUAAAUAAUUUUAACUCAAAUAAAAUUGCUACUUUCAAUA